AUGGCUUUGGAUGCCUUCAUUUCUCUCAAGCUCACAAUUGAGGACCUCAUAAAGAAUCCUUUUUCCAGCCUUUCGCUUGCACCCCCAACUCAACAAAUCUUAGAAUUCGCAUAUCAGCAGCUGCACUCCUCAGAAGAAAUCGCCAGAAAAUUGCUCUUGCGCACCACCACCACUUUGGAUCUCCAAAUCAAAGUGGCGGUUUCCAAAUUACUAGACACAAUCCGAUCAUUGAAGACGAAGCACGCGCCAUCUGGAAGCAGCGUGCGCUAUAUCGAAUUCUCCGCAGAGGAAGUGAAAGAUCUCAAGCAAGAUAUUCACUCAUUUGCAGAAUUAUUCAACACAAUGUACAUCGCCGCCGCCGAAGAAGAAGAAGAAGAUGGCGAUUCAUCGCAAAUCGGGCUUUCUGGGCGCAAAUCGAAGAUGAUUGGUCUGUCCGACCAUUAUAAAGAACUGAAAUACCAUCUCACGCGUCCAGCAUCGCCUAUGAUGAUUUUGGUCCUUGUUGGAAUGGCAGGCAUUGGUAAGACUACUCUUGCUGCACAAAUUUUUGAAGAUCCAGAUAUCGUGAAACAUUAUGAUCUUCGCGUGUGGGUGAAAAUUGGGGGAAAAUGUCAAUUAAAAGACAUCCCACGGCGCAUUCUAGCCAAGCUGAAUCCCGAUCUAAGCGAUCGAUUCCUCUCGAAAGGAGAAAAUCACGAAAUUGCUCGGUGCCUGAGAGAAAAUUUGAAGGGCAAGAGAUAUCUCAUUGUUUUGGAUGAUGUAUGGAACAAAUACAUGGCGUGUCACUUCUAUUGGUCGAGCAGAUACAAAAUAUUUGAAUCGGAGCCUUUUCCAUAUGAGAGAAAUGAAAGUCGAGUAUUGCUCACAACCAGGGUGCAUCAAGCGGAAGAACACAAUGGUCAUUUUCCGGAUUAUGUCUCGAGGCUGCGCUUCUUAAAUGAGGAGGAAAGUUGGGAGCUUCUGCGUGAGAACGUGUUCGCUGAAGAGCUCUGCACCUCUCAAUUUGAGAAAGCUGGAAAGAAGAUUGCCGAGAAUUGUGAAGGUCUUCCUCUUAUGAUUGUCAAGGUUGCAGAGCUCUUGUCUUCAAAGGAGAGGACGUUACAGUAUUGGAACGAAGUUGCAGCAGAAAAAAAUCACCAGCUUUUCAUGGAUGCUUAUGAUGGAAUAUCGAAGGUACUUUAUUCAAGCUAUGAGAAUUUGACAGAGUUGCUAAAAUUAUGUUUUCUGUAUAUGGGAGUUUUUCGUCAAAAUUAUGAGAUUCCUCGGGGUAAGCUGAUCAAUAUGUGGAGUAGUGAUGGAUUUCUUGAAGAAAAUGCGCAUGAAUUCCCAUCUCCUAGUGCAAUCGAAUGUUUAAAUGAGCUUGUUGCAAAUAAUUUGGUUAUGAUAUAUCAAAGCAACAUAUCUCCUAAUUCUGCAGUUGGUGAAGAGCAAAUAAAAACAUGUGGCCUUCAUUCUUCGUUUUGGUACUUGUGUAACAGAGAAGCUAGGGAGACGAAGUUCUGUUGCAUAUUGAAAAUUCUCAAUGAUAGUUUAGGAGGAGAUAUACAAGGGCAAAGUAGAUUGGCAUUCCACAACAAUGUUUUGUUUGGCAUCAAAGAUGUGUAUGAAUCAGUGGAGGUUCAUUGUGCAUCAACUUCUGGUUUGAAGUUGCUGAGAGAGUUGGAUGCUCUUACAAUCCGUUUUUAUGAGUUUCCAUUGGAGGUGUUAGAACUAGUUCAGUUGAGGUACCUUGCUCUCACUUUGAACGGAGAACUCCCUGUUUCCAUAUCCCGACUCUCAAACCUUCAGUUCUUGAUUGUGGGUUCCCAUUUGAGCAUCAAAUCUUGCAGAGGGCCAUCGUUUUUGCCAGUGGAGAUAUGGAGCAUGAAGGAAAUAAAGCAUAUUGAUGUCAUGUAUAGUGAUAUACCCAAUCCUUGUGGUGCUUCAUUGGAAAGUUUACUCACACUUUCAAAUGUGAGUGCUCAUAGCUGUAGUGAGGAAGUUUUUAAAGCAAUUCCUAAGUUGGAGAAACUUGGGAUUCGGAUUGAAUUAGCAUAUGAUGAUGAUGUUAAACUCUUGAGCUCCCUUAACCAAGUUUCAAAUCUAAAAGAACUACGAUCACUUAAAUGUGUGAUCGUGAGUCCUGAGAUAGUCCCUUCUCCGCUUGCUCCACUUCCGAACUUCCCAUCAACGUUGAGGAAAUUGAGUUUGAGUGGGUUGGGAUAUCCGUGGGAAGAAAUGAGCAAGAUGGCGUUGUUGCUGAGUCUUACAGUGCUCAAGUUGCAAAACUAUGCUUUUCAAGGAGUUAAGUGGGAAGCGAGGGAAAAAUUCUGGUCCCUUCAAUCUCUUGUGAUUGAAGACAGUGAUCUGGUGGAAUGGAAAGUUGGAAGUGAGAGCAUGAAAUCACUUAAAAGGCUAAGCCUAAAGCACUGCUACAACUUGGAAAAUAUUGAGUGGGAAUAUGGAAGGUCGCCUGAUAGGAUUCAUUGGGCUUGUAAAGAUUCACUUAGAAAGAUUGAAAUGGUUGACUGCAAUCCUUUAGGGGCAGAGGAAAUGAACAAGGCUUUACCAAGAUGGAAGAAAGAUGCAUUAGCUGUCCAUUGUUCAUGGGAUGAUACGAAGCGCAAGAAAUGA